AACAGAAAAACCGGUCUUUUCAUUUUCCUUUUCCUUUUUCUUUCCGUCUUCAAAUUUCAGGAUCAUCCACCUCAGGGAAAGGGGAAGGGAAAAGAGAGAAAAUCGUCGCAUUUUCCAGACAAUCAAGAUAAAAAUCAAAUAAACCCUAGUAAAUUCUUGCGCCAGAGGAAAUCUCACAUCGCAUUUCUUCCAUAUAGGCAUGAUAGUUUGAGAUGGGAAAUGUUUGUGGUGGAAAGGCUUCGAUGUGUGGAUCCUUAACAUCUUCGUGGUGUUUUCAAUCAGCCAGCGUUCCCGAGGAUGGUAAAAUAGAAAACGGAAAUGGAGAACAAUCCGAGUGUAAAGAGGCAGAAGUUGCUGCUAUUCCAGACAAACCACCAGAAUCAAUGAAGAUGGUGAAGGAAGAUUCAGUAAAAGCGGAACAGGAAAUAAAACCACAAGAGGAAGCCAAGAUAGAAACAAAACCUCAAGAGGAGGCCAAAAUAGAGACUGAACCAAAGCGGCUGCCCACAAGACACAAUUCUAAACCGGCCUCAAGAAGAAUCAAUGAAGAGAAUAAGCCAGUAGAGGCUGGCAAACCAAAGAAGGCCCACAAUGUGAAGAGGGUGUCAUGUGCAGGGUUACAAAUAGAGUCGAUUUUGCAAACAAAAACAGGUCAUUUGAAGGAAUACUAUAACUUGGGGAAGAAGCUAGGACAUGGGCAGUUUGGAACAACUUUCCUGUGUGUGGAGAAAGGAACUGGAAAGGAAUAUGCCUGCAAAUCCAUUGCGAAAAGGAAACUAAUAACUGCAGAUGAUGUAGAUGAUGUGAAGAGGGAAAUCCAGAUAAUGCAUCACUUGGCAGGCCACCCUAAUGUUAUUUCAAUCAGAGCAGCUUAUGAGGAUUCUGUGGCAGUUCAUGUUGUCAUGGAGUUGUGUUCAGGGGGGGAACUCUUUGAUAGGAUCAUUAAGAGGGGGCAUUAUUCAGAAAGAAAAGCAGCAGGACUAACUAGGACAAUAGUUGGUGUUAUAGAAGCCUGCCACUCCAUGGGAGUCAUGCAUAGGGAUCUUAAGCCUGAGAAUUUUCUUUUUGUUAAUGAGGAGGAGGAUUCCCCCCUUAAGGCAAUAGAUUUUGGAUUAUCAAUAUUUUUUAAGCCUGGGGAUAUAUUCAGCGACGUGGUUGGCAGCCCAUAUUAUGUUGCGCCUGAGGUUCUGAAAAAGCACUAUGGUCAAGAAGCAGAUGUGUGGAGUGCUGGAGUGAUUCUAUACAUUCUCCUAACUGGGGUACCUCCAUUUUGGGGUGAAACUGAACAAGAGAUAUUUGAUGAGGUUUUGCGUGGUCAACUUGACUUCAAAUCUGAUCCAUGGCCUAAGAUCUCUGAAAGUGCAAAAGAUUUAGUCAGAAAAAUGCUUGUUAGAGACCCUCGAAAGCGAAUAAGUGCACAUGAAGUUCUAUGCCAUCCCUGGAUCCAGGUUGAUGGGAUUGCUCCAGACAAGACUCUUGAUUCUAUUGUCUUAAGUCGCUUGAAGCAGUUUUCUGCAAUGAACAAGCUUAAGAAGAUGGCCCUCAGAGUCAUUGCACAGAGACUUUCUGAAGAAGAAAUUGCUGGGUUGAAAGAAAUGUUCAAGAUGAUAGACACAGACAAUAGUGGUCAAAUCACCUUUGAAGAACUAAAAGCAGGGCUGAAAAGAUUUGGAGCUGAUCUCAAUGAAUCAGAAUUUCUCGAUCUAAUGAAUGCUGCGGAUAUUGAUAAUAGCGGUACAAUUGAUUAUGAGGAGUUCAUAGCAGCAACACUGCAUCUAAACAAAGUUGAGAAGGAGGAUCAUCUUUUUGCAGCCUUCUCAUAUUUUGACAAAGAUGGCAGUGGCUACAUCACUCAAGAUGAGCUUCAACGAGCCUGUCAGGAAUUUGGAAUAGAGGAUGUCCACCUGGAAGAAAUGAUCCGAGACGUUGAUCAGGACAAUGAUGGUCGGAUAGACUACAAUGAGUUUGUGGCAAUGAUGCAGAAGGGAAACACUGAAUGGGGGAAGAAGGGAUCGCAAGGAACAAACUUUAACAUUGGAUUUAGGGAGGAAACACCUGUUAGUUGACAGUUUAGUUUGAUGAAGCUUUUUCUUCAUUCUUCUUUUCUUUGAUUAAAGUUAAAACUUUGUUAAGGCUUAAUGAUCUCCGGUAAACACUAGACACAUCAACGGUUCCUUCAGCGGCCUUCAAAUACAGGGUUUGCUUGGUAGCUUUUGUGCAUGAAACAGAUGCACCAUAUGGCUGUAUAUAGUUGUUAUUUUCCAGGGAACACAUUUACAACACAUGAAUACAUGAUGGUAUGAAUU